UUCGGGUGGAUCACUUUGUAAUGCAUCUUCCCUUAAUAUUGCACCGUUCACUUGACAAUAGAUUUUGAUCUUCGGAUGACCGGAAGUGAAUACACGGAGUAAGGUCGUCUUGAGGUCUUCCUUACGGGCCAGUGAGGAUACGUGGCUGCUGCAUACUAUUCUAUUUAUGAACACGAUACAGUCUGUCGCCAUCUUGAAUACGCAGGAGGAAUUUACCAAUACAGCUAUAUUUUGCUCGUUCUUCUCGCCCUAUUUUGAUAAGAUGAUAUUUCAUGUGAUAGAAGUGAUAUGAAGAUAACCGACUGCUACUGAAACUGAGUGGACUUUAUACUACCCCGCAAAGAAGAUGAUGGAAGUCUAUACAAUCUGCUUCCCAUAUGCUUCGUCGCAGCCUUCGUUAGGGGGAACCUAUCGAGGGAUUGAACCCCUCGGACCUUUGUGGAGUAUGCAUGCUUCCUCAACCCGGAUACCCUUUGGUGCUUUAGGCCCAGAACAUCGCCCAGAUCAACCACUCAAUAUCUCAUUCUCCCUCCUGAACGGCCAUGUUGGUAAGGACCAGACAAGGGAUGACGUCAUGGUUGAUGAUUGUGACAUAAUAAGAGGUUUCAUGGCAGGAAACAUUGAGAGGAUUCCAAUCCAGGAGGGACCGAUGGAAGGGACGUUAUACGUACCAACAGACCGAGGUUCAAAGCCUCUUCCUGCUAUUCUUGAUUUCCGAGGAGCAGAAGAAGGCAAUCGUGAACAUCUUGCAGCCCUUCUUGCUUCUCAUGGUUAUGUUACCAUGACAACAGGAUUUCCUCUUCAAAGUGACACCCUCAUCAAUAUCAAUUAUCUUGAGCAAUUAUUCCACCGCCUGGCUUACCACAGGAUGGUUGAUGAGAGUCGAAUCGGUGUGUUAUCAAGGGGAGAUGGUGUUGCCGUUGGUCUUGGCGUAGCAUCUCAUCUUAACCAUCUUCCCCUACGGUGUCUGGUGGGUAGCAAUGGAGUCAGCUUUAAUACCUCAUUCGGCUGGAUUCUACCCGAUGGUAGUAAAACCAAUUUCUAUCCGUACUAUGAGAGAGCUAAAUCAUAUAAACCAACCAAUGGAUCAGUCAAACUCUGCUCUCAAUUUGAUCCUUUCAGGAUCGAAUCAAUAUUGAGUAAAACACCAGACUGUUUUGUGCCGGUUGAAAAUACCUCCAUUCCUUUGAUGAUGUUUAGUACCAGAGAUAAUCCUUAUCUACCAUCGCAGUACUGUAUGGGUGAGCUGAAAUCUCGGUUACGUCAUAUUGGGAGGAGUGACCAGUUGGAGGUGAUUGAAUAUUCGGACACUGGUCAUCUUCUUGACCCGACCUAUGUAUCUCAUGUCCAGUCUUCGUAUGGGAAUAUGCCAAGCAUGACAGAUGGGUUGCGAAUAGCAUGGGGAGGAGAGUCGACAUCACACGCACGAUCACAGAGAGACAUGUGGGAACGAACUUUGGCUUUCUUUAAAGAUUACCUUAAAGUAUAAAAUAUUUAGAAUUUAUGUUUCGAUUCACAGAUUCAACGUUUAUUUUCGGUCCAUUUAUCAAUCUAGAUUGUUUAAUAACGUUGCAUUGCAUUGUAAAUAUACAGGCAGCAAAUAUAAUUUGUAUCAUAGUAUCACGUAAUUGUACAAUAAAAGGUGUA